AUGUCGUGUAGUAAAUCCCGAAUAUGGGGCUUUUUAACUGUUAUUGGGGCCGCACUUUUUCACUUGUCUCUUGGAUAUACCUACACAUCUGGUAACAUGAGCCCAUACUUGAGGUCCUACAUGAAUAUUACGCAUGGAGAAACUGUCUGGUUUCAUGCUGUUAUUAUCUCUUGUCAGGCAGCAGCAAUGCCACUUGGUGGUUUGCUAGAAUCAAAGAUUGGAUUUCGCCCUGUUGUAGCAGUCAGCGCUCUUUUGUGCAGUGUUGGUAUAGCUCUCUCGGCAUUGACUGUAAAUUAUGGUCUUGGUGCAUUCCUUUUCACUUACACAAUUAUGUUUGGAAUUGGAAUGGGUCUGCCUUAUUCUGUUUUGUUUUCUUUGGCUGCAGAAUGGUUUCCAAAACACCGAGCAGUUGUAAUUGGAAUAAUUCUUGGAGGAUUUGGCAUGGGAGCGCUCGUUUUCACCCCGAUUCAAACAGCUCUGAUCAACCCGAACAACUUGCCAACUACAGAGUCAAGGCUAAAAGCAACGCUUUUUUGCAGUCCUGAGGUUCGCAUGAGGGUUCCUCGAUCUUUCCUCAUUCUCGCUGCAAUCAUGUUUGGUCUGCAAGUCAUAGGAUUUUUCCUAUGCCAUAAAUAUAAGCCCCAUGUUGGUGAUGGUGGGGAUCUCGGAGGUGAUUCAAGUGACUUGAAAAUUGAUGACGAAUAUGAACUUCAGUCAAUUACAAUUGAAUCUGAUAAAGAACAGAGCAGUUUACAGGACACGGUAAAUUACACCGUAGGCGAGGCACUCAAGUCCAUUGACUUUUACCUUAUUGGAUUUAUAGUUUUCAUAAACACAAUACCAAUUACAUUACAGUCAGUAUUUUAUAAGGUAUUCGGAGCACAAAAUCAUCUGGACGAUCGUUUUUUGUCAAUUGUGGCUACUUGCACAGCCAUAUUUAACUGCAGCGGACGGGUUAUUUGGGGCUUGAUUUGUGACAAAAUUUCAUUCAAGCUUCCCCUCGAGUGGCUGCUUGUUCAGUGGGCCAUCCUAUUUGGUACUCUCCCAGUGAUUGCCAUGACGAGGGCUUUUCAGGCCCUCUUUGCAGUGUGGGUGUUCUUACUCUUCUUCACAAUGUCAGGACACUUUGUACUUUUACCUGGAGCAUGUUCACGCAUCUUUGGACCAAAGUACAUGGCAACAACAUAUGGACUGCUCUAUUUCACAACGGCAAGUGGUCGUGUUGAAAUUGAAACGACUAUAACUAUUUUGGGGUGA